AUGAAUCAGUAUCACAUCUACGACCAGAUCGGCAAGGGACGCCACUCGGUGGUGUACAAGGGCCGCAAGAAGAAGACAGUGCAGUAUUUCGCCAUAAAGAGCAUCGAGAAGUGCGAAAAGCCCAGAGUCCUUCAAGAGGUGCGCACAUUCCACACGUUGGACCACGACAACGUCCUCAAGUUCCACGCCUGGUACGAGACAGCCAACCAUCUGUGGCUUAUUCUGGAGUAUUGUGUGGGCGGCGAUCUUCUUGCCCUUCUACGACAGGACUCGAAGCUGCCGGAGGAGUCCAUUCAUGACUUCGCCCGUGACUGCGCGCAGGCCUUGCAGUUUCUGCAUUCCAACAGCAUCAUCUACGCGGACUUCAAGCCGUCCAACGUGCUGCUCGAUGAGAACGGCCGACCCAAGCUGUGUGACUUCGGCCUUGCGAGGCGUCUCACGGACAUAGCCAAGGGCUCCCAAGCCCAGGCGCCGGUGCCCAAGCGCGGAACGCCAUGCUACAUGGCGCCGGAGCUGCUGCAGGAGGGCGGGGUGCUGUCGUUUGCGUCCGACCUGUGGGCGCUGGGGUGCGUCAUGUACGAGUGCUACGCCGGCCACCCGCCCUUCCACUCCCCCACCUUCUCCGCGCUCGUCUCCGCCAUCCUCACGGAGCCCCCCCCGCCCCUGCCCGGGACACCCUCGGUGGAGUUUCAGGACCUUGUGAUGCGGCUGUUGGAUAAGAAUCCUGGGACCAGGAUGGGGUGGGAGGAGCUUAGGGAGCAUCCCUUCUGGCAGUCGCCUAUCAAGGCGCUGCCGCUGCCGCCGCAACCGGCGCUGAAGAACUUUCUCCGCGCGCAGGCGCAGGCGGAAGCGGAGGCGCAAGCGCUGGCGCAGGCGCAAGCAGCAGCGCGGAAUGGGGGGGUCAGAGGAGCGGGGGAAGGGCGGGAGGUGAGCGGGUCGGGUGAGCGGGAGGGGCGGGUGGCGCUGGGGGACGUGGCGGCUGCGUGCGGAAAUGCGGGAGAUGGGGGGCUUGCGGGGAGCGCGGAGGGCAGACGAGACAAGGACGCGGAGGGGGCCGAGGGCGCGGGCGGGAGUUACAGGCACGGCGGAGGGCUGAAGGCGGGGAGUCGGGAGGAGGUGCUUUUAGCGAGUCACGACAUGGAAGUGGAUUUGGAAGAACGGGGCCAUGGCGCGGAGCGGGAGCGCGGCGCUCAUAUCGAGGAUGCUGGCGUGGAGAGCGGCGAGGAGAGCGCGAGCAGCGGAGGGGAGGAGGCUGCGGUGGGGCACGCGCGGAAGCGGGGGACUCAUGCGCGCGGGAGUUCGGAUGUGGAGGAUGAGGGUGAAGGGGAGGGUGCGAGAGGGAAGGGGGAGGGGGAGGAUGAGGGCGAGGAGGACGAGGCUCCGGCAUGCAUGACAGCAGCAGCAGGAAAUGCAGCAGGAACAGGAGCAGGGGCAGGGGCAGCACUGCCGCCAGUCGCAGCGGCGACUGGCGCGGCAGUGGCAGCGACGACAGCGACAACGACGACCACGACGACUAGCAUGACGACGACGAGCAUGACGGGCGGUAGCGUCACCUCCGAGGAAAUCGAGCUGGACCUCAGCAGCGGCGCCGCCACGCCCCUGCACCCCUCCUCCGCGCGCCACCCCAGGGAUGCGCGCAAGGGCGCGGGGGGAAGAGACGGGGGGAGGGAGGGAAGGAUGCGGGAGGGUGAGGAGGAGGAGGUGGUGGGGGGGUUGGCGGCGGAAGGGAGUGGAGAGGGAGGGGGUGAGGAGCAGCAGGUGCGCGGGGGAGGGGAGGAGAAGCGCGGGGGAGGGGAGGAGAAGCGCGGGGAUGGGAAGGAUGUGGUGGAGGGAAGCGCGCAUACGGAGGGCGAGGGCGCGCAGCAGGCGGGAGCAGCGGAGGGGCGAAGAGAGCAGGGGGCCAAGGCGGCAACAGAGGGGAGAGGAGGCCGCGGGAGUGAGGGAGAGGGGCGGGCAGCCGAGGGGCCGGCAGCAGCAGGCGGCGCAGGAGCAGCAGCAGCAGAGGCGGAGAAGGCGCUGUCAGCAGUGGACGUGAUGUGGCACGCGUCCGACGUGGCAGUGAAGCCCAUCGUGCUGAACCGGCGCAUUGAGAAGCUCCCCGAACCCGCCUUCGACGCGCGCCACCUCCCCAUGGACCCGCUCGCCCCCGCUGACCUCGUCAAGCUGGCGGGCGGAAGCUCCGCCGCGGAGGGGCAGCAGCAGCGGGGGAGCAGCAGCGCGGCGGACGCAAUGCUGGGGCGGCUGGUGGGGGUGAUGUCGGGGAGCUUCUCCCUAGCGGAUAAGCUGAACGUGCUCAAGUACGUGGAGUCUCUGGCGUACGAUCCAGACGCGGCGAACGUGGUGAUCAACAGCCCGCUCAUGGUGUGCCUCGUGAAGUUCCUGCGCAACUGCAAGGUGCCUGCGCUGCGCGUGGAGCUCUGCACCGCCAUAGGGCUGCUGGUGCGCCACGCCACGGCUAUCCGGCGGGAGCUGGCGGCGAGCGGGCUGGUGGGGGUGCUGGCGGAGUGCCUGCGCGACAAGCAGGAGAAGGUGCGCCGGCGCGCCAUGGCUGCGCUGGGGGAAAUGGCGUUUUACAUCGCCACGCAGAGCCCCACUCCUGCCGCUGCUGCCGCCGCUGCUGCUCCGUCCCCUGCGAGCGGGUUAGUGAUGGGCGCGACAGCGGGGGGAGGGGGGUGGCAGCUGACAGGCACAACGGUGACGCCAAUCAUGGCGAUGCUGCGGCGAGGGGAGGACGAGGUGACCAUGCACUAUGCCGUGAAGACCAUAGAGAAUAUUGUCAGCGAGGGCCCCGCAUGGGCGGCGCGCUUUGCCACGCAGGAGACGGUGGGGAACCUGUGCCACAUCUUCCGGCACAGCUCGUCGCGGCAGGAGCACCUGAAGCUCACUGCCGGGUCGUGCCUCGUGCGCAUCCUGCGCUUCGCCCCCUCGUGGGUGGCGCUCGUGUUGGACCGAAUCGGCCCUAAAGAGGUGGUCACAGCGCUGGCGAAAGCGGCGCCUAGGGAGCAGCAGCUGCUGCUGACUCUUGUGAAUGUGGCGCUUGCUGCUGCUGCAGCGGGGCAGCUGCCUGCACGGCAAAUGGCAGCGUUGACGGAGGACAAGGGGGGUCUGCCUGCAGUGGCCGUGGGGCUGCUGCUGCAGGAGCAAGCCACGGAGGUGCUGCGGGGCAAGGCUCUCUGCUGUGUUGCGCUGCUGCUGCGCACCAACUGGCGCCUGCUCGUACCGUUCUGCACCGCGCACAAGCUGGUGCCGGCGCUGGAGCGCGUGAGGAGGGAGGCGAAGCCGGGCGGCAAGGAGGAGGCGUUUGUGGGCAUGUGUGUGGAGGCAGGGGUGCGUGCGGUGGGGGCGGCAGCGGCACAGCUUAUGGCUCAAAUACCUCAAGACGUGUCCGUGCUUGUGGCUGCUGUUGCUGCCACUACCUCCGCCUCUGCCAGCUCUCCCAUCCCUUCUGGUGCCCUUUCUGCUCCGUCCCCUUCUGCCGGGUCCCUGUCUCGCAAAGCAGGCGCCGCUGCCGCUGCGGCUGCUGCUGCUGUUGCUGCGGUUGCGGCUGCAACAAGGUCAGGCAGUGGCGGGGGGGCAGGGGAUUCGUCCCCGCAUACGACCCAGCAGCAGGCGAUGCAGCAGCAGGCGCUGCAGGCGAGCAUAGUGGACAUGUUUGCGGUGGUGGUGAUGAUCAUGACGAGCCCACUGCUGCGCCCGCUCAUUGUGGAGGCAGUGCUGCUGCAGCACCUCACUCACUGCCUCUCCCUCUGCCUCGCCAGCUCUGCAUCGCUCUACCCGUUGGAGCAGCUGCUAGCAGCGGUGCUGCAGGCAGUGGAGGCGCUGUGCCAGCAGCCGCAGAAGCUGCUGCAGCACACAGCAGCACUCGCCAGUGGGCUGCUACCCGCCCUCGCACAGCUCUACUCCAAGGCACCAGCAGGCGAGACGCGGUUCAUGUGCAUCAAGGUCAUGGGCGACCUGUUCGCCCUGCUGCUGGACCAUCUCACUGCUCUCAGACAGCAAGGGCGCGCGCAGCAGGAGGGAGAAGGCGAAGGGGAAGGGGAGGAGGAAAGGGAGAGGGAGAGGGUGAAGGUGGAGUGUGAGGCGGCACGAGCAGUGGUGCAGGAGCUGGUGUGCAGCGAGGUGCUGCCGCUGUAUGGUUCCCUCAUGACUGAUGAUGAGCCUGUGCCCACCUUCGCCCAGAAGCUUCUCGUGAACUUCCUGGACCAUUCGAUCGUGUCAGUGGAUAGCAUUUUGUCACUGGGGCUGGCGGCGUGCUUCUUUGAGAGGCUCGUGGGCGAGCCGGCGGCCAUCAACAUGCACACGCUGCGCCUGUGCCUCAUCCUGGCCGCGAAUCCUGCAGUGGACAAACGUGCGUUUGCGCACCUGCACCUGGUGCCGCGCAUGGGUGCACUGCUGGAGCACGUGUGGCAGUGUGCCAUGGCGGAUUUUGUCGACCCUGUUGUGUCUCUCUGCCUGCUCGUGCUGGAGCGACAGGUGGCGGAUAACGGCAGUGGGGAGCAGGAAGGCGGGGCGGGCGAGGAGGAGGUGGAGCAGUUGGCAGAGUUCACGCGCGUGUUUGUGCACCUCUGUGCGGACCCAGACCCUGUGGUUGCAGACAUUGCUUCAGACUGCCUCUCUCUGCUGCUUCACGCUGUUCCCGACCACGUAGGGCUUGCUCUCGCUCCGCAUAUCCCUGAUGUCACCACGGUUCUUGCCAGCACGGUGCAGCAGCUGCAGGAGCUGGAGCAGCAGCAGCAGGAGGGAGGGGCCGAGGCAGGGGAGGAGACCAGUGGAGCGGAGCUAUCAUUAAAGGUGCAGGUGUUGCUGUUGAGAGCAGCAGGGUGCACGUGCAAGGAGUUGAGAACGGCGAUAGUGAGGAGACGGGAAGAGGUGGCAGCGCCUGUGGCGGAGCUGCAUCAGCUGCUGGGGCUGGCGAGUGCGGCGGCGAGGAGCAGUGCGGUGGAGGAGGUGGUGGAGGCGGCAUCGUCUACUGCCACGGACGUGCAGAGACUGCUGCGCUGCUGCUCCUGA